GGGCGGGGCUAGCGGGCACUGCUGGAACGGCGAGUUGAAAUCGAAUCUGAACACUUUUGCAUUGAAGGAAGACAGGUGAAUGGGAAGUGAUGUCGGAUGAAACGUUACAUCUGAAUACACCGACAGGUGCAGCACGCUGGCGUCAGGGCUGAGUGACAGUUUGUGAUCUAGCUCCCCGUGCUUUCAGACAGUUCCCUGUAAAUCCUGAAGCUACACUUGAGCCAAGAUGUCCUGCUUCCGAGAGAAUUUCUGGGGGGAGAGGAACGCUGGGUUCGACGUCCUGUAUCACAACAUGAAGCAUGGACAGAUUUCCACCAAGGAGCUGGCUGAGUUUGUCCGCGAGAGGGCUGCCGUUGAGGAGAGCUACUCCAAGUCUAUGAGCAAACUGUCCAAGAUGGCGAGCAGCAGCAGCCAGCUCGGAACGUUUGCGCCCAUGUGGGAUUUGUUCCGCGUCUCCUCGGACAAGCUGGCGCUGUGCCACCUGGAGCUCACGAGGAAGCUGAGCGACCUCAUCCGGGAGAUCAACAAGUACGGGGACGAGCAGGUCAAAGUUCACCGCAAGACUAAGGAGGAGGUGACGGGCACCCUGGAGGCCGUGCAGAGCAUGCAGGUCUCCAGCAGCCACCUGCACAAGGCCAGGGAGAGCUACCUCAGCCGAUGCCUGGAGCACGAGCGUCUCCGCAAGGAGGGAGCCAACCAGAAGGAGGUGGAGAAGGCAGAGGCAAAGUCUAAGAAAGCAGCAGAGACGUUCAGCGCCUGUGUGGAGAAGUACAAUCGAGUGGGCGGAGACUUUGAGCGCAAGAUGAACGAAUCAGCACAGAAGUUCCAGGAGAUUGAGGAGGCUCACCUGAGGCAGAUGAAGGUGCUGAUCAAGUCCUACUCCCACUCCAUCGAGGACACACACGUGCAAGUGGGGCAGGUGCACGAGGAGUUCAAACAGAACGUGGAGAACAUUGGGGUUGAUAAUCUCAUUCAGAAGUUCUCUGAUCAGAAAGGCACUGGCAGGGACAGGCCAGCUCCGGGCAGCUUCGAGGAAUCCAGCGUCUCCAGUCUGCAGGAAGGGAUCAAAAAGAUCCGGAACAAGACCUUUCAUCCCGGGCUCAGCAAGAAAGAGAAGGAGCCCAACUCCACGGACUCUGCAGCAGCUGAUACACCAAACUCUCCAGAGGUCGACGAGGACGGGUUUGUAAUCCGAGCCGACGUCAACAGGAACGAUAUCCUACAUGACAAAGAGACCAACUUCUACUCGAGCGACUCGGACUUCGACGACGACGAGCCCAAGAAAUUCCACGUCCAGAUCCGCCCCCCCGCGAGCGGGAGCUGCCGGAACAGCGCGGCCACGGAGCAGGAGCUGAAGGCAACCGUGGGGGCGCUGACCCUGCCACCCAACCGAGUGGCCUCGGUCAAGAGACACCUCUCAAGGAACUCCACCUCCGUGACCGGGGCCCGGUCUGACGGGGAAGGGGACCCGUGCAGCAGCCAGAGAGGCAACGAGCAUGACGGGUACCGAAGAUGUGCAUCCAGCCCAGUGCCGAACAGGCUGAUCUCUGCAGCUCUGCCCCCUGAGCCUCUGUUUGGUCCUCCGCUGGAGUCUGCAUUCAAACACAGCGGCUUCACAGACUCCAAACCGACCACCUCCUCUUCCGACUCCUCCUCCCCUGAGAACGUGGAGGACUCCGGGCUCGACUCUCCUUCCCAUCAGCCUCUGGGGCCCUCCCCGGAACCCUGCACCUGGGCUGCCUGGCCUGCCGUGACAUCACAGAGCAAGGAGGCGGGCUCAGCCGGCGACCCUUUCCUGACAGUGUCCCGCGAGCCCUCCUCUUCCUCCUCCCCCAGGGGCUGGCUGCCGGCCAAUCAGAGCCCCAGGGGGGCGGGGGAUGACGAAUCCUCCUCUUUCUCGUCGUCCACUUUCGCUGCCUUCAGCCGCCCCUCUUCUUCUGAAUGUGAGCCCCCUUCCUGGCCUGGCCUGUCCCGAACUCCUCUCAGCAAACAGUGUGAUCCUUUCCUGGCUGACUUUGACCGGACUCCUAAAGUAAGAGGCAGCUCCGAGCCCUGGAACCCCAAUCCCAGAGCGCCCCAUGAAGGCAGGGCCCGCAGCUCAGCCGCGGUGUGCCCAGUGUCGCACGGAGACCCUUUCGCCAUCUCCUUCAGCACCCCCUCUGACACCGGGGCGGCCGUCUCUUCCAAACCGGCUGAGCUGCCCCUCGAAGGCUCUCCUGAAGACCCGUUCUCCAUCACCAUGCUGGGCAGCCCCACGCACCAGUCCUCCCUCUCGGGUUCCAACCCCGCUCGGAGCGCCCCCGGCCCCAGAGCGGGCAGGAAGGAGCUGGUGCGCUGGAACUCCCUGCACAACCCCUUCGUGGAGGGCUCCGGGGCGGGCAGGAGGCAGCGGGCACCCAGGGGAGCCAUCCUCUCCAGGAGGAAUUCAGGGACGGAGGAGGUCCUCUCCUUCAGUGUGUUCUCCAGCCUCGGGAAUUCAGACUUCCCUGACAAAGAGGGGGAAGCGUCUAGCCGCAAUGCGGGCUCCCAGUUUCGGAAUGCAGGCCCCCCCCCUAUCUCCAGACAGGACGGCCCAGAGAUGGCAGUAGUGGCUCCUCCCCGGCCCUCAAGAGCCAAGAGGGCCCCGGGUGGGAGGCUGAGUGGCUGUGAGCGGUCCAGGUCGGUGUGCUCAUCCCCUCUCCUGGAGCCCAGCCCCCCCCUCACCACCACCACCUCCUCCUCCUCCUCCUCGUCCAGCCCCUGUGAGUGGGGGGUCCACACCCCCACGCCUCGCCCAGCCAGCCCCCCACGAGGGCUGUCCCGCGGUCCGAGCCCUAUCUCCCUGAGCUCCCAGGAUGCGUGGCCUGUGGCUGCUGCCAUCACAGAGUAUAUCAACGCCUACUUCAAGGGAGGAGAGCUGAACCGCUGCCUGGUGAAGAUAACAGGAGACCUCACCAUGUCCUUUCCAGCCGGAAUCACCCGCAUCUUCAACGCCAACCCCACCGCACCCGUCCUCAGCUUCCGAUUGGUCAACACGUCCAGGGUCGACCACUUCCUGCCCAAUCAGAAACUCCUCUACAGUGACCCUUCCCAGAGCGAUCCAGACUCCAAAGACUUCUGGUUCAACAUGCAGGCUCUGACUCUCCACCUCCAGAGAGAGGCGGAACUCAACCCCCAGGCUUCAUACUACAACGUAGGCCUCCUCAAAUACCAGGUCUCCUCUCAGGACCCCGGUUGUGCCCCCCUCCACCUCUCCGCUCGGUGCCAGUGCAGCGGCUCCCUGACCCACGUCUCUCUGGACUAUCACUGCUGCCCUGCCUCCCCCGCCACGGAGCUCAGCAACGUCCAGGUGGUCAUCUCUCUGGAGGACUCCGCCACGGACGUGCACUGCCAGCCGCCCGGAGUGUGGAACGCGGAGGAGCAGCGGUUGCUAUGGAAACUGCACAAUCUCUCUCCCACGGCUGAUGGGAAAGGUGCCGGGACUGUGUGUGCGAGCUGGCAGUGCCGGGACGUCCUGCGCGGGGCUCUCCCCAGCGUGGGGGUGCAGUUCGUGGGCUCGGGAGAAGCCCUGUCUGGGGUGGACCUGGAACUGGUGGGCGGGCGUUACCGCAUGUCUCUUGUCAAGAAGCGCUUCGCCACAGGAAAGUACAUGGCUGGCUGUUCAAUAUGAGGACGAUGGAGGGACCAUCUCUUACAGAGAAACCAGAAGCACAAAUUUGCACUUUCAGUCCCCUACAAACUUCAGUGAACUUUGCGAGAAUGACACAGAUGAAAGGAUAAGCUGAAGAGUUAACAAUUUUAAACCAUGUAUCGGCAAAUUAUUUCUGCAGACCCAGUUGGCUGAUAUGUAAAUGGAAGAGUUUUAUAACAUGAAAAGAAACCCCCUUCAGCCUCUUGGAAUCCAGUCUUGUUGCAGGAGAAAGGUCCUGGAGUUUUUAUCCGUGGGACUCCUGCUCUUAGAAACUGCACGUAGUAAAAGGACCAUGAAGCUUUCGGACCAGGCCAGCCCCUUCAGGCUUGUUUAAUUUGAUUGUAAUUAUUGGAUUCUGUGUUUUCUUUGUAAUUACUUUUGUGCGUGUGCUCUAUACAGUUGGGAUGCUGUGUGCCUUGGAGACUGAUCGUACAUGAGUAGGCUGAAUUAAAAGUGGUGCGAUUGCAAGGUAGAUUUGUUCAAAAAGGGGGUCCAGGAGUUUAGUGGACCUUCGGACUAUGUUUGGUGUCCACAUCACAAAUUGAAACUUUCAGAACAAGGUAGGUGUGAUUUACUGUGUGGAUGAUUGACAAUUGCUGAUGUCUGCCAUGCUUUGUUUUGGACCAACAGUGUAAUCAGUCUGGCACCAUUUGAUGAGCAAUGAAAUUCAAUAGUCCUCCCCAGUAUAUAUUUAA